CAGAUCUUCUGGAUGACUGGUUCCAUGCUGAUCAUCAUACUGGGGAUGCUGGUUGUCCCCACCAUGGGCUGGAGGUGGAUGGUCCGUCUCUCUGUCACUCCCAGCAUCGUCCUCAUCUUCCUCUUCAAGUUUAUUCCGGAGUCGGCUCGUUAUAACGUCUCGGCGGGAAACGUCCAGGCGGCAGUGGACACUCUACAGCAAAUCGCUAAAAUGAACCGAGCGUCUCUUCCUCCCGGACGCCUGGUGGAGCCGGUGGUGGUACGUCCAGUGACAUCAUCAGAGGGGCUGAGCAAUGUGGUGAUGAUGUCAUGAUGACGUGGUGAUGUCAUGA